AUGGAAGAAGAGAUACUAAGUGUGAUUUCAAGUGGUGGAGGAAAUACAAAUUCAGAUGUUUCAAAUUCAAUUAGCACCACUCAUCAAGCAAACAAACGCCAAAGGUGCGGCGAUAAAGGCAAUUCGUCGCAAUUCAAAGGCGUAAUGCGACAGAAAAACGGAAAAUGGGGCGCUCAAUUAUACUCUAAUCAUACCAGAAUUUGGCUAGGGACUUUCAAAACCGAAAUAGAUGCGGCCGUGGCCUACGAUAGCGCAACGAUCAAGUUCUGCCCCGGAGACACUCAUCGAAACUUUCCAUGGAACGAAAUCACAAUUGAGGAGCCCAAGUUUCUGAGCCAUUACAGUGCAGAAGCUGUCCUUAGCAUGAUAAGAGACGGUUCCUACCAAUUCAAGUUCAUGGAUUUUAUUAAGGCUUGCUCUAGAAGUACAAAACCAAACACUGCUAUCAAGUCAGUGGGGACUUAUAGCAAUGAAGGGCUAAUUUGCAAACAAUUGUUCCAAAAGAAGCUAACACCAAGUGAUGUUGGUAAGCUGAAUAGGCUUGUCAUCCCCAAAAGAUAUGCUGUCAAGUAUUUUCCAUCGAUUUUCUGGACCGAAAAGGAGAAUGCCGAUGUUGCCGAUAGCAAAACGAACGAUGUUGAGUUGGUUUUCUACGACAAGUUUAUGAGGAUAUGGAAGUUUCGUUAUUGCUAUAGGAAUAGCAGCCAAAGCUUUGUUUUCACCAGGGGCUGGAAUCGGUUUCUGAAGGAAAAAAAGUUGAAGGCCAACGAUGUGGUUUCGUUCUUCGUAUGCGAAUGCCGGAAGGAGAACGAAGUCCAAAGGUUCUGCAUGAUCGAUGCCAACAAAUCCGGUAACGGUGGCACGUUCGUGGCGGUAAACAACAUUCAUGUUGGAAUAGAAGUUGAUUUGCAGCUUCGGUUGGGACAUUAUUACCCCAUUGGUGAUGAAAAACAUGUCCAAGAAGAGCAAGGAUCAAUGGCGGCAGCGAAGCCGAAACAAGACGACAAGACUGAGGGUUUCAAACUCUUUGGUAUGCAAAUUAACUGA